GGGUGUCACACACAGGUCCGAUGCUGCUGCUGCAGCUGCUGCUUCCUGUAUCAAGGCACCGCCGCACAAACCGAAGCCCUUCUCUUUUUUUUUUUCUUGGCCAGCUCCAGAGCCCCCCCGACCCGAGACACGGAGGAAUCUGCUGCUCGGACGCUGCUGUCCUGCGGAGGGAAGAGACCAGAGUCCGUCUCCCGGUGCUCGCUGCCCGGAUAAAACCGCCGUGGCCCGGGCUUUUUUCCCCUCCUUGCGCGAGAAAGAGACGCAUGGGCACGAUUUCUUCUUUUUCCUGGAUCCGGUGCUAGCUAGUAGCAGCUAGUCGGCUAACGAGCUGGUAGCUGUUCGGCAGGAGAACCCAGAAGAAGAAGAACCAGGAAAUAAAGGAAAUGUGUGCACUCCGAAAGCUCUAGUUGCAGCGGACCCCCCUCCUCCACCCCCCCCCAGCAUUUUAAAAACCACCUUUAAAGGAUCCGAUUUAUCCCAGACAGCUAACUGACAUGCUACCGAAAGUGUUCUGACUUUGCUAACGUUAGCUAGCUACGCCGAUCCUGUUGCUUCUCACACAAGAGUUUGGGAGAAGCAGCUUCUUCGCUCACCGUCCGUGUAGCGCGUUAUCGGAGAGGCAAGAAAGGGAGUUUUUGGGGUAGAAAUGGCUCCUAAAAGAAGACCCGUUCCCCUGAACAUAACGCCCAUCGGGGAGGGACAGGCCAUCUCGAACACCAUCGAUGCUGCUUCUGAAGCCAACCUGGAGGCCUUGCAGAAGAAGCUGGGUGAGUUGGACCUGGACGAGCAGCAGAGGAAGCGACUGGAGGCCUUUCUGACCCAGAAGGCCCAGGUCGGGGAGCUGAAGGACGAGGAUUUCGAGCCCAUCUGCGAGUUGGGUGCCGGCAAUGGAGGAGUGGUCAACAAGGUCCGCCACAAGCCCUCAGGCCUGGUCAUGGCCCGCAAGUUGAUCCACCUUGAGAUCAAGCCCGCCAUCAGAAACCAGAUCAUCAGAGAGCUGCAGGUGCUGCAUGAAUGCAACUCUCCCUACAUUGUGGGCUUUUAUGGGGCCUUCUACAGCGACGGGGAGAUCAGCAUCUGUAUGGAGCACAUGGAUGGUGGAUCUCUGGACCAGGUCCUGAAGGAAGCCAGAAGAAUCCCAGAAGAAAUCCUGGGGAAAGUUAGCAUAGCUGUAUUGAGGGGCUUAGCCUACCUGCGGGAGAAGCACCAGAUCAUGCACAGAGAUGUCAAGCCCUCCAACAUCCUGGUCAACUCCCGCGGGGAGAUCAAGCUGUGCGACUUUGGCGUGAGCGGGCAGCUCAUAGAUUCCAUGGCCAACUCCUUCGUUGGAACACGCUCCUACAUGUCGCCGGAGAGACUGCAGGGCACUCACUACUCGGUUCAGUCCGACGUGUGGAGCAUGGGCCUGUCCCUGGUGGAGCUGGCGAUCGGCCGCUACCCCAUCCCCCCACCCGAGCCCAAAGAGCUGGAGUCCAUCUUCGGACGGGCCAUCCUGGACGGGGCCGAGGGGGAGCCUCACGCCAACACGCAGAGGCCCCGACCGCCGGGCAGACCCGUGAGCGGGCACGGGAUGGACAGCAGACCUGCCAUGGCCAUCUUUGAACUUUUGGACUACAUUGUGAAUGAGCCUCCACCUAAGCUGCCACUUGGGGUCUUUACCAAUGACUUCCAAGACUUUGUGACUAAAUGUCUGAUCAAAAACCCAGCCGAGAGGGCCGACCUGAAGAUGUUGAUGAGUCACACCUUCAUCAAACGAUCCGAAGUCGAGGAAGUGGACUUUGCCGGCUAUUUGUGCAAAACCAUGGGCCUCAACCAGCCCAGCACGCCCACCCGCGGCACUGAGUGAACAGCCCCCAACCUCCCAGACGCACGCCUCCAACUUGCUUGCGUACACUUAAAUAUAUUACGCGCACACAGGCACCCACCCCCAUCAUGCUCUUGGGUACGGUCAUUGUCCCCCCACUGUUUAUUUCUCCACGCAGCAGCAGCAGCAGCAGCAGCAGAGCCCUUUGAGUCGUUGUGCUUUGAGUGUGUCGAGAGGAGCCACGGCUCACUUUUCCACACCGCUGCGGUUUGAUUGACACACUUCUUUUUGUAUUGUCCAAUAUAUAUAUAUACACACAAAUAUUCUGCAUUAACCUUUUUUUGUAUGGCAACAGUUAAAUAAAUGCCCUUCUGGACAGAUUUCCAAACACCUGCUUGAAAGAUUAGUUCUAUUGAAGGUGAAUGAAGCUACUCUUGUCCAACAUAUCCAUGCAUAAAUGUUCUAAGCCGAGGCCUUGCAAAUACCUCCGAUGUCAUAAUUAGAUUUGUUAGUAGAGACAGCAGGAUUGAUGGGCAUAUACGGAGAAUGUGAACUAUUUGGCAAAAGGGUGAUUGAUCACUCUGCCGAUCACUUUGUGAACAAUCUCACAAACCAAAGAGGCUGCUCUCGACGCCUGACGCAUAUGAUUUCGCGAAUGGUUUUAUUUUUUUAUUCGGUCGAUCUACGCUGUGUUGACAUUUGUUUUCUGAAAAUCCAUUUAUACGUGCAUCCCACACGGUUUCUGCAGCGUGUACUGUGGAAGUCUGAUGAAUGACUGAUCGAAAUCUGUUCAUGGGAUGAUACAGCAUGGUUUAUCUUUCUAAUACCUUUAUUUCCCAAGAUCACGAUGGGGAUGAUUUGCUGGUGUUUUAAUCAAAAGCCUGAAUCUCUUUAAUAUUGAUGAAGUUCCAAUCACAUUGACUCAUUUAAAUAUUUACCUUUUCUUUGUUGUCGUUCUGGACUUUACCCUGAAGUGUAUUUGGUUAUGUUUUCACUGUACUGCUUUGUGUGGCACUCCCAAGCUUUCUCUUGGGACAGAACCAGCCAACAGGCUUGGUUUUUGGGAAAGACUUGGGUUGAAAUGCAAUUUCACAACAUUUCCCCUGUAAUUCAACCCAAUUAAUGGGAUUUAAAAAUAGUACAACUUCAGUAUGAAGGGUUUGACUGACUAUUUGAACCCAGGUCGGUGUUGGUCACAUGGUGGUGGUACUUGCUAACCCUUUCUUAUGCCCCCCUCCCUCCAAAAUGCACAUUUGUUCAGAGCAAAAUUAAUGCAUUAUAACUUGUAUGUGUACAAAGCUGUAUACACAAAUUAAAGGAGUACUAUUUUGCUGUCUUAAUAUACAAAUUUUGAUUUAUGUAAAUGACACGGGAGAGCAGUCAUUUUAUUAUAAUAUAAAAAUGUGUUGGAUAUGGUUAUGAUGUAUAAAAAUAUAAAAAUAAAUCUUAUUUGUCAA